AUGGAAUCGGGUCGAUUGAGUAAAUCUAUCAAAUUUGAAUUUGAGCGAGAAUAAAUCAAAUAAAAGGCUAAACUCCUAUCCAUCAUAGAUAAAGAGUUGUAAUCAAUCAAAGAAAAGCUUGCCACUCAAGUCCUUGAAGAAAAUAACAAUAUACUUAAAUACAAUCUUCAAUUACUCUAACUGGAAAAAAAAAAUGCUGAAAAACAUGAUAUAAUGGUCGAAUAAGAACUGAUUUUAAGACAACAAGCUACAAUAAUGCAGAAAUCUUUAUUGGUUGAAACCUAAAAGGAUUAAAAGGAAAUUCAACAGAUCAACACGGAGCAUCAAGAGGAGAUCAACGUUACAUAAGAUUUAAUUGUUGAAAUAGAAGGGUUAAAAACAAGAAAUUUAUAUUUAUCUCAAAAAUUAUCUUAAUUGCUGUUCUACUUUGUAGAUUUGGAAUUAUACGAUAGCGAAUUUGCAAAAUAAGCUGCACUCGAUGAUUUCCCCAUUGAUUAACUUUACAAACCUAGCUUGCCACAAUCAAUGAACUUAUUUUUGAAUUUUGAAAACAAUGAGAAACAAAAAUUUGAAGCAAAUAUUAAAUAGAAAGUAUCUUUUUUUAAUAUCAUUUGGAAGUCUUGCUAAAGUAGUAAAAAGUAUAAAUUGAACAGUUAUAACAGCAAAAUAGGAAAUUGAAGAAACAAGUAUUUUUUUUAGACCAAAGCACAGAGAUAAAAACUGAUUAAUAAAAAAAGUCAGUAUUCACAUACGAAGACGAACACUUAGAUGAUUAAUAGUACAUAGAAUAAUUGUUACAACUAAAAAGAGUAAAUAUUUACAUUUGAGAUGAUAGGAUACACAACCUAAAUGCAAGACAUUGAAUGAUAUCAUAUUGAAAAAGAGAAAACAUAGUUUUGAUACUGCAUAGCCAGUAUUAGACUUUUAUAAAUUGAACAGAAGACUAAUAGCAGAGAGAUUCCAACAGCCAUCAAUAUAAUUUGUAAAUUACUAACAAUUUAGAAUUCACUCAUAGUCAAUUAAACAUUAAUGA